UGCUGGCAUCUACUGUUGACAGUGGAGUCUGUAAAAAAACGUAAUGGAUACUGAUGCACAUGUGGUCAAGAAAGAUGUUAAGCAUCUUUUAAAUGCAGGAACUUUUGCUCUUGCAUUUUCUCCAGUCAUUUCAAGGCUAUAUUUGUCUAACAAAUGGACAACAAGAAACCAUUUGGACCUUCAUGACUGGCUCUGUACACCUGUCCUUGAGAAAAAGUAACAACUUAAACCAGCCUUUUACAGAGAAUUAUAGAUUCCCCUUGCAAGCUCUUGUAAGUUAUAAAUUUCAGGAGUUUUUAAAUAAGGAACAGAAGAAAGAACAAAAAAAAAAUGAACACAUUUGUCCACACUGUGGAUCAGCCUGGCUUCCUGGAAAUCAUAGGGUCAGAAUCAAACCUCGUCCCAAGUUGACAAAACAUCUUCGGAAGCUUUUGAAAAAAGGCAGAGAUAAUUCUGAGAGCAUUAAGUUAAAAGACAGAAGACAAAUAGAUUAUUUCAGAAAGAGCACAAACAAAAUAAUUGUUCAUUGUUUGAGUUGUAAGAAAGCAACUAGUAGGGAAGGUGGACGAAAACCAGUUAUUCCACAACAUUUUCUUGAAAGGAGGCAAAUUUGUUCUAUGUCAUAUUCGAAAAAGUCUAAACGAAAACGAAAGGAUAUCAAUGCUGGACUGAACCUUUCAUCACUUUCCCCUCAUGAAAGAAAAUCAACACUCCUGACACCUGAUGGCCAAAUAUCAUCAUAUUUGUCUACUUCCAUUCUUUCACUAGAUAGCUCUCCAUCGCCAAAAUUAUCCAGACCAAGUAUUUCUUCUAGUGAAACUUCACAUGGCAAUAUAGCAACUCCAAAAAGUGACUCAGAAGCUCAAUCCAAGGCAUGGUCCUCAUUCUCAAAUUCAAGCCCAACACCUGUGAAAAGUGAUUAUUUGACAUUAAAGAAAAGAAAAAUAAGCAUAUGCUUCUACAAAAGAUUCUCGAAAGAGAACGUAGAAAGACAGAAAGUAGAGGGAACUUAAGUAAUUUUUUAGCAUCUUUGCAUUGAUAAUAAUAAUAGAUGGGAAAUAUAAAACUCAGGAGAAUCUAUUUCAUACUGUAUAUUGAAAACAUUGAACACACAUAAAGCUAAGUGACAAUCAUAUAUAAUCAGAAGUGACUUGAGAUUAUUGUGACCUUUUGAUUUGUGUGAAAUAGCUGAAAAUGAUGGAAACAGAAGUGAUAUCUAGUAUUUGACUCACAUACAGACAUAUAUUUCCAAAUCUCUAUUGACACUCGAUCUGCAUGAGUUUUUUUCCCAUUCUAAGCAUUGUAUUUGUUUUUACUUUUAAAAACCUCCUUGAGCCACAUUUGUCUAAAACCUAUUACAGAGAACUGUACAUUUUUAAUCACUCAUUAUUUAAUUAAAGUACAACUAGCAAGACUUUCGAGACUAUUAAUUGUUAAAAAUUACAAACAUUCUAGUAAUUUUUAAUGUUAACUAAGUGAAAGAAAUUGAUUGUAACUUGUGUUCAAAAGGAAAUCCCUACUUUUUUAUAAUCUAAAAAUGCAGGCAAGUUUUAUAUGAAUGAAACAUUGAUUCAAAAUAAUCAUUGUUGAAUUAUCAGGUGCUACUAGUGCUUUUAAUGCUUUACUCUUCUCUACUGAAAUACAACUAUAUGAGAACAGACACUAAGACUCGCGAUCUAAAGAUAAGUUCUACAAGUUUUCUUUGCCAGUGUCAGGUGAAACACAGCAGUUUACGUGCUUGACUAUGUUUCAGCUUGUCUUUAGAGUUAGGUCUAUUUUAAGGAACACUGCCCAUACUCCUGUUACUUACAGAUAGAAAUGUUCUUACUAAGAAUAUUGAAUAUAUAAUUUACAGCAGUUUUUUUAUUGCUAUUUCAUGUUGUAAUUUACCAUAGGAGCUAAGAGGACAGGCAUCAAUAUUGCCCUGAUUUAUUCCUCAUUACUUUUAGCAGGCUUGAUUUGUGAAAGACCCAUUCAAGGAAUGAUAGUUCUCUGUAACAGUUUAAUUCAACAAGUGGUUCAAAAUAAAGUGAUGAAUUAA